UCGCCCUCUCGCCCCAGCCCUGCGAGCCAUGGAGGAGGCCGAAGCCGACUGCGCCGUAGCGUUCGCCGAGGCCCAGAGAUGGGUGGAGGCAGUAACAGAGAAGAAUUUUGAAGCAAAGGAUUUUCGAGCCUCUCUAGAGAAUGGUGUUCUGUUGUGUGAUUUGAUUAAUAAGCUUAAACCUGGUGUCAUUAAGAAGAUCAAUAGACUGUCCACACCAAUAGCAGGUUUGGAUAAUAUAAACGUUUUUUUGAAAGCUUGUGAACAGAUUGGAUUGAAAGAAGCCCAGCUUUUCCAUCCUGGAGAUCUACAGGAUUUAUCAAAUCGAGUCACUGUCAAGCAAGAAGAGACUGAUAGAAGAGUGAAAAAUGUUUUAAUAACAUUGUACUGGCUGGGAAGAAAAGCACAAAGUAACCCCUACUAUAAUGGUCCAUAUCUUAAUUUGAAAGCAUUUGAGAAUCUUUUAGGACAAGCUCUGACUAAGGCACUUGAAGACUCCAGCUGCCUGAAAAGGAGUGGCAGGGACAGCGGUUACGGCGACAUCUGGUGUGCUGAGAGGGGUGAACUUCCUGCUGCUCCAGGCAACCAUAGGCGAGAAGAUUCAUUUGAAAGCUUGGACUCCUUGGGGUCUAGGUCAUUCACAAGCUGCUCCUCUGAUAUCACACUUAGGGGGGGACGUGAAGGUUGUGAAAGUGACACCGAUUCUGAAUUAACCUUCAAAAUGCAGGAUUACAAUAAAGAUGAUAUGUCCUAUCGGAGGAUUUCAGCCAUUGAACCAAAGUCUGCUUUACCAUUCAAUCGUUUUUUACCCAACAAAAGUAGACAACCAUCCUAUGUGCCGGCGCCCUUGAGGAAGAAAAAGCCGGACAAAAAUGAAGAUAACAGAAGAAGUUGGGCAAGCCCUGUCUAUACAGAAGCAGAUGGAACAUUUUCAAGUAACGAGAGGAGAACUUGGGGCACAAACGUGGAGAACUGGUCAACAGUACAAGAAACUUCAAACUCCUUUUGUUACUUGGAAGAGGAAGACGAAGAAAAGACAAGCAUACCCAAUAUUGUAAAGGAUGACCUUUAUGUGAGAAAGCUAAGUCCGAUCAUGCCAAACCCAGGGAUUGCUUUCGAUCAGUUUCUUCCCAAAUGUUGGCUCCCAGAAGAUGUGAACUGGAAAAGGAUAAAAAGGGAAACUUAUAAACCAUGGUAUAAAGAAUUUCAGGGAUUCAGUAGGAGGAAUUCAUACUCUGAGGAUGAGGAAUCAGGCUCUGGCAGAGGCUCUGCCAUUUUCAGUAGGAUGCCCAAAGCAGAGCAUAGGCUAGACAGCAACUACCAGAGACGUUCACUCUUGAUGGAACUAGCUACCGAACAGGCCAGAAACUCACGGGACACCCAUGCAGCCAGGAGCGCUCAUGGUACUUCGGACGAGCCCAGUCAGUUUUUAUUACUUCAGGCCUUCCAAACAUAUUCUGACGACAUCUUGUCUUCUGAAACAAAUAUCAGAAUUGAUCCCACUGCUGGCCCAAGGCUCGUAACACGCAGGAAGAAUCUCUCUUAUGCACCAGGGUCUAGAGGAGGUGAUCUUGAGAUGUCAGCCCUGGAUCCUGACUUAGAGAAUGAUGAUUUCUUUGUCAGAAAGACUGGAGCUUUCCACGCCAAUCCAUGUGUUCUCCGGGCUUUUGAAGACUUCAGGUUUUCUGAGCAAGAUGACCUUGUAGAGCGAGACAUAAUUCUGCAAUGUAGAGAAGGUGAACUUGUACUCCCAGAUCUGGAAAAGGAUGAUAUGAUUGUCCGCCGAAUUCCAGCACAGAAGAAAGAGGUGCCUCUGUCGGGGGCCCCAGAUAGAUACCAGCCCAUCCCUUUCCCGGAACCCUGGACUCUUCCGCCGGAAAUUCAAGCAAAAUUCCUCUGUGUACUUGAAAGGACAUGCCCAUCCAAAGAAAAAAGCAAUAGCUGUAGAGUAUUAGUUCCUUCAUAUCGUCAGAAGAAAGAUGAUAUGUUGACUCGUAAGAUCCAGUCUUGGAAGAUGGGCACUCCUGUGCCUCCCAUCAGCUUCACCCCAGGUCCCUGCAGUGAGGCGGACUUACAGAAGUGGGAGGCCAUCCGGGAGGCCAGCAGGCUUAGGCACAAGAAACGGCUGAUGGUUGAGAGACUCUUUCAAAAGAUUUAUGGUGAGAAUGGAAGUAAGUCCAUGAGUGAUGUCAGCGCGGAGGACGUACAGCACUUGCGUCAGCUGCGUUACGAGGAGAUGCAGAAAAUGAAGUCACAAAUGAAAGAGCAAGAUCAGAAAUGGCAGGAUGACCUUGCAAAAUGGAAAGAUCGCCGAAAAAGCCACACUUCGGAUUUGCAGAAGAAAAAAGAAGAGAGGGAAGAAAUUGAAAAGCUGGCACUUGAGAAAUCUGAGAGAAGCUCCAAGACAUUUAAAGAAAUGCUGCAGGACAGGGAAUCCCGAGAACAAACAUCUACAAUUACAUCAAGGAGAGUGUAUUCUUCCGAUGAUGUAUUUAAUGAAGAAAAGCUUCCUGGGACAUUGACUAUGUCCGAAGUAAGUUACCAGAGUGGGAGAGUAGAAGAGAAGGGAACAACUUUUCCUACAGAAAUUCCCAAACAAGAUUCUACAACUUUUGCAAAAAGAGAGGACACUCUAACAGCUGAAAUUCAGCUUCCUUCUAAAACCCCUGGGGAAGAACAACGCCCAGCUUCUUUGUCCCCUCAGCGUUCGCUGCGUACACAAAUGGCGUCAACUCAAGUUUCAGCUUCUCUCCCCAGAAGUUACCAGAAAACUGAUACAGCCAGGUUAACAUCUGUGGUCACACCGAGACCUUUUGGCUCUCAGUCAAGGGGAAUCUCAUCGCUCCCGAGAUCCUACACGAUGGAUGAUAUUUGGAAGCAUAAUGGAGACGUGGAAGGUGCUAAGAGAUCUCAAUACAGUUCGCUCAGCACCUCUGUGCAAAAACCUGACCCAGGCCAGCUUGCUUCCAGCUCCUUCAGCGAAAGAGAGGCGGCGACACUGGGAGAGAGUGUGGUGAGAGUGGCUUCUCCUACGCCCCCCUUCUCAUCUCUUUCCCAGGACCAGGCUGCCACUUCUAAAGCCACCUUGUCUUCAGCAUCUGGCUCCGAUUUAAUGUCUGAGCUUGGAGAAGGGAGAAGCUCACCACAAACAGAGAUCUCAAGAUCAAAGGAUCAGUUCAGUGAUAUGAGAAUCAGCAUAAACCAGACGCCUGGGAACAGUCUUGACUUUGGGUUUACAGUAAAAUGGGAUAUUUCCGGGAUCUUCGUAGCAUCAGUCGAAGCAGGUAGCUCAGCAGAAUUUUCUCAGCUACAGGUAGAUGAUGAAAUUAUUGCUAUUAACAACACCAAGUUUUCAUAUAAGGACACAAAACAGUGGGAAGAAGCCAUGGCUAAUGCUCAAGAAACUGGAAACCUAGUAAUGGAUAUCAGGCGGUAUGGAAAGUCUGAUUGGGGCAAAGACCAGCCUUCCCUGCCAUUUAUACGGCACAAAACACUCAAUCUCACCAGUAUGGCUACCAAAAUUAUAGGUUCACCUGAAACAAAGUGGAUUGAUGCAACUUCUGGAAUUUACAACUCAGACAGAUCUUCAAAUCUAUCAAUAACGACUGAUUUCUCAGAAAGCCUUCAGAACUCUAAGGCCGAAUCCAAGGAAAUAAAUGGAAUUCGUGAUGAAAGCAAUACUUUUGAAUUAAAAGCAUCUGAACCUAUUUCUUUGAAAAACUUAAAAAGGCGAUCACAAUUUUUUGAACAAGGAAGUUCUGAUUCGGUGGUCCCUGAUCUUCCAGUUCCAACUAUCAGUGCGCCGAGUCGCUGGGCAUGGGAUCAGGAGGAGGAGCGAAAGCGGCAGGAGAGAUGGCAGAGAGAGCAGGACCGCCUGUUGCAGGAAAAAUAUCAACGUGAGCAGGAAAAACUAAGGGAAGAGUGGCAAAGGGCUAAGCAAGAGGCGGAGAGAGAGAAUUCCAAGUACUUGAACGAGGAACUGAUGGGCCUAAACUCCAACACCAUUUCUCUGACCAUGCGGGAACCCACUGUUGCCACCUUGGAAGCCACCUGGGGUGCAGGGUCCAAGUUUUCAGACAAGGUAGGCACCCAAGAAAGAGAAGAGGCGAGGAGACUGCAGCAAGAGGAAGGUGUGAAUGAGGACCAACGAAAGAAGCUGCUGGAACAACUCACUCUUGAGAAAGAAAGGGAACUGAAGGAACAACAAGAUCAGGAAGAGCGGGAGCAGAAGCAGCGUCAGGCAGAGGCUGUGGAGCAGAAGCGACGAGCAGAGGAGAAGACGCGCCAGGCAGAGGAACAGAUGCGCCAGGCAGAGGAACAGACGCGCCAGGCAGAGGAGCAGACGCGCCAGGCAGAGGAGCAGACGCGCCAGGCAGAGGAGCAGACGCGCCAGGCAGAGAGAGAGAGGGAAACGUCAGUCAAAAUAUACCAGUAUAGAAGGCCUUUUGAUUCCUAUGAUGCACCAAAGAGAGAGGAAGAAUCUCCAGGUUUGCUUCCCAGUGACAGGAAUAAAUCCAGAUCUACUACUGAGCUGGAUGACUACCCUACAAAUAAAAAUGGAAGCAAUAAAUAUUUAGACCGAGUUGGGAGCAGUAACUCAUCACAGAGGAGCUCCAAGAAGGAACAAGUCCCAUCAGAAGCAGAGCUGGAGAGACAACAAAUCCUUCAAGAAAUGAUAAAGAGAACAUCGCUUCACAAUGACAACAGCUGGAUCCGACAGCGCAGUUCCAGUGUCAAUAAAGAGCCCAUUUGUCUGCCUGGGAUUAUGAGAAGAGGUGAAUCUCUAGAUAACCUGGAUUCCCCCAGAUCCAGUUCUUGGAGACAACCCCCUUGGCUCAAUCAGUCUACAGGAGGGGUCUAUGCUUCUUCUUCUGUCCAAGACUUCAGUCGCCCACCUCCUCAGUUGGUGUCCACCUCAAACCGUGCCUACAUGCGAAACCCGUCCUCCAGCGUGCCCCCUCCUCCAGCUGGCUCUGUGAAGACCACCACCGCCCCUUCCCCCACACCACGCAGCCAUUUCUCUUCAGCUUCACCAGCAGGCUCCCAGCUGCGCAACAGGUCAGUCAGUGGGAAACGCGUGUGCUCCUACUGUAAUAACAUUCUGGGCAAAGGAGCCGCCAUGAUCAUCGAGUCCCUGGGGCUGUGUUAUCAUUUAUAUUGUUUUAAGUGCGUUGCCUGUGAGUGUAACCUCGGAGGCUCUUCCUCAGGAGCCGAAGUCAGAAUCAGAAACAACCAACUGUUCUGCAACGACUGCUAUCUCAGAUUCAAAUCUGGACGGCCAACCGCCAUGUGAUGUAAGCCUCCAUACGAAAGCACUGUUGCAGAUAGAAGAAGAGGUGGUUGCCGCUGCUGUAGAUCUAUAAAUAUAUGUUGUAUGUCUUUUUUGCUUUCGUUUCUUUCUUUCUUUCUUUUUUUUUUUUUAAAGAAUAACACUUGUUUUUUUUUUUUUUGGCCUCUUUAGAUUAUAUCAGAGCACUAUAGUCUUGGUAAAAUAGAACUGUAUUUUUGUUGUUUAUUUAUAAGAAGGUAAUUAAGUGUGGGGAAAAGUGCAGUAUUUACUUUCUGAGUUCAGGAUCUUAAAAGCACAAGGAAGAAAGAACUUCAAAAUAUUUUUGAGGCUGAUAAUGACCUAGCUUGACUUUCUUGUGGUGUUUUCAAGAGGGCUAUUUUAUUGUUGUUGUUUUUUUUUUUAAAAAAAGGUUCUGAAACAUUAUUUGAAACAGUUAAUAUAAACAUGUAAUUGCAUUUGCUCUUUUUAUUGUAAAGUAUGCUAAAUUAAUACAGAACCAUAUGGAAAAUUUCACUAAAAUCCACCCCCAAAUUUGCUUUCUAUAUCUUUCUUUUCAACUAUAUAUUAAUGAUUUUUUAAAGAGUUAUCCUAUGUAACAUUUUAUUUGCUUGAUGAGGGGAGCUCUCUUUUCUUCACCGCAAUUGUUGCUAUGCAGUUCCCAAUGGAAAACUGCUGCUUUUCAUUAAUCGUACUUUGUAUACCAAAAGUUAUCUCCAGAAACUAGUGAGCCUUUCUGUUUUACUGCAUUUGUAAAUAAACUUGCUGAUGAAUUUAA